UCUAGUGUUGUUGAAUUCCACAGCCAACCGUCAUAUGUUUAGUGACUGGCAUCACAUGACCUAUCCAAGCCUGCCUGCCUGCAUCCGUUGUGCUGUGGUAGGGAGCGGGGGGAUUCUGAACGGCUCCAACAUGGGAAUGGAGAUUGAUAAUCACACCUAUGUGUUCAGAGUAAAUGGUGCCAUCACUAGAGGGCAUGAAGUGGAUGUUGGAAAGCGGACCUCCUUUUACUUUUCCUCUAUGAACACCAUGAAGAAUUCUUUAAGAAGUUACUGGCACCUGGGCUUUGAAUUACCCUUAUCAGAGGCAGGUAGCACUGUGGGUGAGGUCACUAAAUGUAAGCUGACCACCAUGUUUUCCUUGGAUAUGAAUGUAUUAAACAGUAAAGCUGCACACCUCCAUUCCAAUUAGGAGACACGUUACGUCUUUAUCCCUGACCACGUGUGUGACUAUGUGAUGCUGAGGGCUGUGAUAACCAAUUCACCCAUCCUUUCUGGACCAGACCGCUCUGACAGUCCAUCUGACGUUUUUGAUGACCCAGUACCAGAGAAGUUUAAGAUGCUGCAUCCCGAUUUUCUGCUCUACCUGAGGAACAGAUUUUUGAAGACCGUUCACUGGAAUGACCCUUUCUAUCGCCCAUCCACGGGGGCCGUGAUGCUUCUGACUGCACUGCACACCUGUGACCAGGUUGAUGCAUAUGGUUUCAUAACACCUGAUUAUGCCCGCUUCUCAGACCACUAUUAUGACCAAUCAAGGGAAAAGGUGUUUUUUGUCAAGAAUCAUGACCUGCGGCUGGAAAUGAAGUUGUGGGGCCUACUGGACCAAGUUGGUGCCAUGCGACUCUACCGCCGGCUAUGAUGCUGAAAAGCUGGAGACCUAAUAUAGGCUUAUAGAGUAGUCAUCCUUCAAUCGGGGGAUUGGAUCAGUAAUUUUUAUAAAGCAAA